UAGGAAUUCUCUUAACAGUCUCUUAUCCUGCAACAACAGCUUCAUGUCUUUUUUAUUAUUGUUAUCAUAUUUUUAAGCAAAAGAAAAAACGUUGAAACUGGAGGUACCUUUCAUCUACGUGACGACGUGAACAUAGAUCACAGGGCCCAUUGUUAACAAUGCAAUUACUAUGAAUCGAAUUUUCUACGAAUUCAGUAGAACUGCAAACGACCAAGCAACGUUUUAAAACUCACCUUAAUUCAACUCGAGGGAAGAGAUAAUUGUAGCCUCUGCACACAUACUGUAUACAUGUAUCAAAAGAGCUCAUUGUUCACGUACCCCUCACGGAUCCUCACGUACGAAGAUCCAUUCGGAAAAAUCUCCGGUGAUCGUAUAACUCGGUCCCAGUCUCAGGAUCGAGGAAGGGCCCUCUCGUCUAUCCCUUCAAGUGACUACCUGCAAUGAGGGGUUGAGGGCGUUUCAGGAGUGAAUAGUGCUGUAUAUGGUGUUAAGCUGACAUUACUAAGAAAAUUUUAUCAGAUAUGUAUUGUACAGUCUUCUGAGAACAAUGAGGCUGAAAUCUAAAGUCUUGACUUUCUCCUUUUAAAACUGAGUACAUAUAACGUAAACUAUAUAACUUCUUUUUAAACUUUGUAUUUGAAGCAUUUCCUUUUUCUUAUCUUUAAGAUUGCUUUUCGUGCAUCCUUCGUCCCGUUUGUCAAGAUGUUUAUUGACCAGUUUGGCUACUGGGCACCGUGUAUAACUGCUGUUUAUCAUGUCAGGUAAGGUACAACCAAAUGAUCUGCGAGGGGUAUUCACUUAUAGUAAUCAACAAAACUAUACCCACCUGGUCACCUCACUGUCUUCUCCCCAGAGGCCUCUUUUUGUCGUGGGGAGGCUGGGGAGGAGAAAAAAAGAGAGCGCCCGGGGGAUGAUGGGAAGGGGAACGAGACGAUCAUAGGAUGUAUCCAGUCUUCCUUGCAAAUCCGGCGCCAUCUUGAAAUGCAUCACAGAGCAGAGCGGUCAGCAUUAGAUCCCAUCGGCCUUAACCCUUUGGUCACCUUAUGAAGUUUACAAAACGUAGUAUUCUUUAUUGCUUCUACGCUAUACUUAGAUGAAAUUUUUCUCAGCAAAAGUGUAUGUCUCUUCAAUUUUUAAGGAAAAAAAUCAUUGCGAAGAGCUUGAGUGGGUAUCGAACCCAGAGUGUAGGUUUGAUUUGAACUUAUAUAGCAACAACCCCAACCCUGAAUAGAAGUUCGAGUCAGUGCUUAACCCAAAUCACUAUUUUCAGGGCUUAACCCUUAUCACUUUAUUCAGUGCUCACAUGUAGAUAAUUAAGGACUGCUAUUACAAUGUUAAACCGCGUUUAGUGCUGUUAACUAUUUAGGUUCUAAACGCGUUUACCUUUGGAGUGUAUUUUAGGGGUUAUUAUGUGGAGGUGCUGAAAUGAUCCGCAUUAAAUAAAGUUCCAAAUAGUGCCACAUUAUUAAUGAUUGUUCUCUAUAUAUUACUUGCCGUAUAUGCCCUAGCCUGCGUUACUUAGCAUGACCUAACCCCUUUUUAAACGUCUCGUGUAAAGCAUAACUGUAUUCUUCAGUCAUUUCUUUGAAAACGCGAGUAGAAUAAUGAGCGCUCAGAGAGUUCUUCUGCGCCUUAAGUUUUAUUCCCUUCCUUUUCAAACGGCAACCACUCAGAUUUGAUAUGCGCUGAUGCUAAAAAUUGUCAUAGAGAUAAUAAACUGUAUCGAAAAACAAAAUUGUGUUUUUGAUUGAUUACUGCGAGAAUUCGUUUUCAGUAUGGGUGUUAUGGAAGGCCUUACUUAUAAUGAAACUGUGGACAGACUCAAGACACUUUACUGGCCAACACUAAAGGCAUGCUGGAUGAUAUGGCCCGCAGUCAUGGUAAGUGCGUCAAGAUUACCGGGCCUGGGUCGUAAUUCGCCAUUUCUAGUUUGCGCACGUGACUUAGUCGGUGUUUUGGCGAAUUGUAUUUGGAGACUGUUUUGUCAUCCCAAAAUUUUGGGGUGACCACAAAGAGCAUUAUGGUAUGUUAGUAUGGUUUUUUCUGGAGUGGUAAAUACUGAUAUAUCAAAAUUCUAACAUGACUCCCAGGCUUUAGGGACAAAAUUGCACAUUUUUCACGACUCCAUUGUCUCGCAAUUCCCAGAAAAGACUUGAGCACAAACUAUACGAAAUAUAGAAAUAUGACCAGAAAGCCUCCGAGUCUUGUUAGAAUUUUAACAUAUUGAACGUGCGCUAUUUAGCCACAUUAAAUUUGGGAAAUACUUAAUAGCCAUUUCCAGGUUUUCCUCAUUGAUCUUUUUCUAAUUAUCGCUGCAGAUUGUUAAUUUUAGGUUCAUACCAGUUGCUCACCAGCUUAACUUUUGUCUGGCUGUCAGUUUGGUUUGGGCAACAAUUUUGAGUGUCAUACGAGCCUCCGAAGCAAGCCAUGUUAAGGAAAUUGAAUCUAAAGACACCAUAUCUAUAACAAAC